AUGGCAGAUACAACAGGCUCGCGAAACCCGUUUGCCAGACGAACUUCUCAUGGUCCCAAGGCAAUAAACGCGUAUCGGGCAUUGACACCUCUGUCUUGGCUCUUGGUGGUCGUCUUCGGCAUCUACUACUCUGUCCGUCGUCCUGACGAUGACCACCAUGGCUCCACCAUCGGGAAGCAAGCAGAGAUUAACCCAACGCCUUUUUCCCAGACCAAAACCAUUACUACCAUCUACUGGGUGAUUCUCCUGCUCUCUCAGCUUGGAUAUAUGGGCCAAUUAUGGUCUUCAAGUGCAGAGAGGCUUACGGCGGCUGCCAACGUGGCGCCAUACUACAUCCUAAACAAUCUCUUCAUACUAUCUUUUGUCCUCCUCUGGGUUCGCUCCCACUUCUGGGGGGCUGAAAUCUUCGACAUUGCCUCGCUCAUCAACCAGGGCAUGCUAUACUGGAGAUAUCCGGGUCUUCCCCAACUUAUCCAUCUGCCAGCAGUUGCCGGGCCCUACGCUUGGUCUAUUACAACCCUCUUCUGGAAUGGUGCCGUAGCUGUUGGUGGGUAUAGCCUCCCAAAGAGGAUUGUUGCCAAUGUGUUUAUCUGGGUCAUGUUCCUCUUUGGACAAGCCCAUGUGGCACACCGGAGCGACCAAGCUCUCGGCUAUUCGUUCAGCCUUUUAACUUUGUCACUGGCCCUGAAGCAGUUCUCCCUGAAGAUUAUUUCCUUGCAGUGGAUCUUCGCGUUUGUGAUCUUUGGCCUUUUCCUGGUUUCGUCACUCUACAGUUCAACCGCCAGGUAUCAUAAGCGAGACUUCUUCUUCCGGAGUUUGACGGAGCCUGAGGCUGGUGACCGUGAGCGCCAGCCUUUGCUCGGUAAUGAGUGA